AUGGCGGAGCAGAAAAGGAGGUCUGCGUCGCUGACCGGGAGAAGAGAACGGGGCCGCAUCCAGUGCUUCAUAGCAGAAACCGGGGAGUUUGUCAAAGAAAUAAAGAACGAGGAGUUUGGAGGGGAAGUGUUUGCCAUCACCUACAGCCCGGCUGAAGACGGGCUGAUCUUCGCAGUGAACGGAGACUCCCCUACCACUCAGCUCCACCAGGAGGGUUUUGUUCUAGAUUAUUAUCAACCAAACAAAUCCGGGAUUCCGUUCAGCCCCACCAGAAGGAUUGAAUGGGUUUUCCUUUUCGUACAGGAGUUUAAAAUGCCUCAUGACAUCGUCGUCACUAAGGAUGGAAGUGUUUUUGUCGGGGACGCAGGCAGCAAGUCAGUCUUUAAGUUUUCUGCUGAAAAGUUGCAUCGUUCUGUCAAGAAAGCUGGGAUUGAGGUCCAGGAGCUGGAAGAAGUGGAGGCAUUUGUCCCAAGCCAAGCUGAGACCACAUCCAACAUUUCAAAGACCGAGGCGAUCAAAGAGAAGCAAACUGUGGCGGAGAAAACUCAGCCCGUGGUGGAACUUCUGUUGGCCCAGGUCUGCGUUAAGCUACAGGCUCCAGGGUGCUGCCCCUCUGGUCCCGUCAGCUUCUGUCUGCCACUUCACUUUAGUAUCUGCUUUUUACUUUCAGAGAGAAAUGAGAUGAAAAUGGAGCCGCGCUCCGUGGGAGGAGUCUUGGGAAGAAUUCGAGGUAAAGCGGUGGGAACGCUGAACCUGGGCAAGUUCUUUGCGUCUCACAAAGGCUACAGCCGUCAGGGUUUCGACCAGCUGAGCACCGAGGGCAGCGACCAGGAGAGGAACGUGGAGGACAGCAGCGACUCGGACACAGAGGAGUACUCCGCUCCUCCUCCUCCUCGCCCGCCUCCUCCUCAGACCUCGUCUUAGGCAGCCCAGAGCCAGCGCCUCUCAGCUUCCGUCUCUCACAUGUGCUAAUCCACUGUUUUUGUAACCGUUGUGUCAGCUGCCAAUAAUGCUAUUUAAUGUAUAUAUUUAAAUGUGUUCUUGUAUAUAAAAUUAAUUUUAUUGUCAUCUUGAUAAAGUCUUGGUGACAAAAUAAUUAUAUUUAUAUUUUUUCUUUUGUAAAAAUUGCCUUGAAGGAAACUGUUAGCACAGUCCCCAAAAACAAACGUCCACUGAAAUCAGGUUUAGCCUUAAAAGUCAAAGGAAAUCUGCAAACGCAUUAUGAUUUAUUAGUCUUUUAUUGAUUUUUAUUUUUUAUUUUAUUGUACUCUUUUUAGUUGUCGCUUUUAAAUUGUUUUAAUAAAAUCCUACAGCCAUCUCUGACUGUAGUGCCUACCAUGAAUGCUAGGUGGCGCCACGGUAAUGUCAGAGUUUUAAACAUUUCAAAUGCUCACAAGCAGGUUGCCCACGUUUUUACAGCACUCUGGGAUCUGUUGGGAUGUUGGAGGAGAUUCCCGCUAUUUGUCGCCAGAGUUGAGAGGUGUCAUCCGAUGACAUUUCAGCAUUAUUGUUGUAUUUGGUUGACCAGCAUUUCAUUUGUAAUUGUGUGCCUUUCUCCAUCUGCAUUAUUGUUUUCUUGAAGGAACACAGCCCUGAUCUGCUCAUAGUUUGGCAUGGCUCACUGUUUAACGCGUGGGAGGUAAGCUUCAUGCUGCCGUAGCUUUUUGGUUGUCACAGGCUCCUUUCUUCAGUACAGCUGACUUCAUCAGUGAGUCCGUCACAGCGAUGGAGAUGUAACCAUUUUCCUCUGUGCUUUCAUGGAGUUUACAACAAAAAAUAGCACAUUUGUCCACAACUGUAUUUAGGACAGCAUGGAAACAGCUAAAAUUGAUUUUCCAUUUAACUGCUUCUUAGAAUAACAGCGAAUUAUUUAGUAAAUGGCAUCUCAAAAACAACAAACAAAAAAAAGUAUAAUUAUAUCUGUUCAGGCCGUUCAGUUGCUUUCGGUAUCGCCAGCUUUCUGGUAAGUAGAUCAGUCUUUCAGUUGUCCUUUUUUUUUUUUUUUUUUUUUUAUUGUAUCCCAUAUUUUCUGCCGCUGCUCAUAGUUUGCUAUGAAGUUUGAAAAGCGCAUGCCAUAGAUAUUUAGCAUUGCCGUCACAGGUGGCCUACCUUAUAUUUGUUGUCACACUGGUUUAAGUACAAGAGUACUAUUUUCAGUAACUAUUGUAUUUGUGUAAUAAAGUGUCUGCAAAGCA